AUGGCUGAGGCUGCCCACAUUGAGGAGGUCCCUCCCCACUUGGAGUGCGCGAUUUGCUGGAAGCUACUUCUCGAGCCGGUGUCCGUGCCAUGCGGCCACACAUUUUGUCAAGGCUGCCUUGCCCAGGCACUUGGAUACAGGAAUGUUUGCUCUGUAUGCCGGGCACCAGUUCCUCCUGGACAAGCUGUCAAUGUGCUAAUUCGUAGCAUGAUUGCGGAGCAGUACCCUCGAGCAUUGGCACACAGGCGGCAGGAACAGCAGGAGGAAUUGCGCGAAGCAGACGACAAUGCUGCGGCUCAGCGCCGGGAAGAGGUUAGAAAUGAUGGCCCCAGUGACGAAGCCCUGAUUUUGCCAAUUCUUAGGAGCGUAAAGUUUGCACUUCCGCACAGCCGUGUGGAGCACGAUACUUCAGGCCAAGAUGAGCUUGCCAUUAGCCAAGUCUCUGGAACCUCAGAAGUCUUGCACAACCAGUAG